AUGCAGCUCAAUGAUAACCUCAAUAAUGACUGCUACUUGGUAGCGGAAAAUGAACAGGGCAGCCGUAUCCAUUGCCACCGACACCGACAGAACCGACCUCCGGAGUCAUGCUCACCGCCCCAGCCAAGUCCACUACAGCGAACGACAACCGCUACCACAUGGGGGCUCUCUUCGUGCUCUUCCACUAGGACCACCGACUCUCAUUCUUCGCAGACUACCGACUCUGGUUCCCGUUUUUCGCGACAAUGGAAACAGUCAUCGGAACGUAUUCUCAUUCACAAUAGACAUGAUCAAUUCUAUCCGCUGUAUUCCCUAGGAAAGCGCUACCGAGAGAGAUGUCUCAUAUGGGAUCAGCGACGCUUUGAAUGUCAGCUGCAGCUCCAGUGCGGCGCUGAACACCAGAUACUUUGCCGAUUGAUUGAAAGAGAAGCGUUAGUGAAGAGAUCGACGGUGGCUCCUGCCGGUAGCAACCUAUUGCCGUCGAAGCACCUCGUCCGGAACGCCGACAGCAGGCUUUCCCUGCGAGAGGAAGCUACGAGUAGAAAGCACGAGGCCAGCUCAGACGAAAACAAGAAACUUCCGGCACGAACUAUUUGUUCUCCUCGAACCGAAGACAAGGGCAACACCGGUGGGCUUGAUCCUGACGCAGCUCAUGGUACGGCAGACCGCCCUCCUCCAAUGAGUCCUUUCGCCUCGUUACCACAAGGUGCCACAUCCGACUUCGGAGGGAUACGGCUGGACCGAGAGGAGUUGCGACGGCAACAAGAAAUCUUGGACGAGAUCGAACGACAAUAUGGCCGUCGCAAGCCCUGCAGAGUUCGCUGGCAAACUCCAGCAAACUCGCGCAGAUGUCCUGUGCCGGUAGGUACGGCUCGUGCCAUUCAGAACAGCCCUGGCCUUGAGAUGUCCUCGUCAAUGAGGGGAUCUGCUCCGUUACAUCCAAUGUCCGUUGACGACCACGUGACUCGUUUGGCCAAUGGCACCAAGAUACAAGUCAAGGGUACUCGGCACACCUACGAGUCCAUUAUCAUGGGCCACGCAAAGCUAGUCCAGUGCCCUGCAUGCCAGACCGUCCUGCAGAUUGGUGACACGGCCAAGAAGUUGUAUUGCACGGCAUGCCAACAAGUGUCUUCCAUCCGUCGAAUCGAUGUCGAACGUCCAGCAAGUGCUGUUGCUCAAGGGAAGUGGGACAGCCAAAUUGCUUCCGUCCUGCAACGGCAAGAAAUCAACGUAGUUCGAACGCUCAAGCAAGCCAAGCGAGUCGCUGGCUAG